AUGACCAAUUUCAGACUCGGUGCAGCGCUCGCCGGGGUGUCACUCACAGCCUUCCUGGUGCUGCGGGUGCUGACAAUACUUCAAAAUUAUAGUCAACCCCCUAAUAUCCAGGUGGAACAAACAGCUCAAUGGAGAAAUGGAUCUGGCAACGCUGUUCUGGAUGAUGGCACUUAUUUGCUUGGAGUCGGUAAAGCCGAUAUUACAGGGCCUGUUGUGGAGAUCGUCUUAAAUGGCUAUGCGAGCUUGGACCAAGUCGGGACUGGUCUUCGACAGCGGAUCUAUUCUCGGGCUUUCAUCAUUGCAGACUCUGAUAAGCCGGACAACACGUUUGUCUACCUAGUUGUCGACGCGCAGUCUGGUGAUACUGCUGUGAGACAUGGUAUCCUUCAGGGUCUUGCCGCGCUUGGUGAAGAAUAUGCGCGGUAUGGCGAGCAUAACGUAGCGCUGACGGGAACGCACUCCCACUCUGGACCAGGUGCUUGGAUGAAUUAUCUUCUUCCUCAAAUUCCCAAUAAAGGGUUUAACAAGCAGAGCUACCAGGCGCUGGUCGACGGCGCUCUGCUUUCAAUUCAACGUGCUCACGAAAGUUUGGCACCUGGUCGGCUCUCAUUUGGUUCAAUUAACCUGGAAAAUGCCAAUAUAAACAGGAGUCCAUUUGCUUACGAUGCCAAUCCCGAGGACGAGAAAGCGCGGUACUCAUCCAACGUAGACAAGGACCUAACUCUUCUGAGGUUUGAUCGGGAGUCCGAUAACAAAACUACAGGAAUCCUGACGUUCUUCCCGGUCCACGGAACGUCAUUGUAUAAUAAUAACACACUCAUCACUGGAGACAACAAGGGAGUUGCCGCAUGGCUCUUUGAAAGGAGCGUCCAAGAGGAUGCAAGAUUUGCCGACGGUUUUGUUGCGGGGUUCUCUCAAUCAAACGUCGGCGACACGAGCCCGAAUACUCUAGGUGCGUGGUGUGAAGAUGGCUCUGGUGAGCAAUGUCGGUACGAGGAUAGUACAUGCGGUGGCAAAACAGGACCCUGCCGUGGCCGCGGUCCAUUCUUUCGUGAGAACGACGAGGGUGCCAAAAGCUGCUUUGAAAUAGGACGGCUCCAGUUCUCAGCUGCGAAGGAACUAUAUGAUCGUAUGGACACUGAUCCUAUUCGAAUUCGUGGAAGCUCUGAUGUUGCAUCUUUCCAUGUUUACCAUAACCUUUCUGGCUAUAGUUUUGAAUCGCCAUUCGACUCUAGAAUCCUCACAACAUGUUCUGCUGCACUAGGGUUCUCCUUUGCUGGUGGUACAACUGAUGGCCCGGGGAAGUUUGAUUUUACGCAAAACGUCUCAGGUCCUGCAGAGAGCAAUCCGCUGUGGUAUGUCGCACGCGGAUUUCUCCACAAUCCCUCAGAGGAACAGAAAGCCUGCCAAGCGCCCAAGGAGAUCCUCCUAGAUGUGGGAUCCGUCAUGGAACCUUAUCCGUGGACCCCAAAUAUUGUCGAUAUUCAAGUCUUUCGAGUGGGGCAGCUUUUGAUUAUUGUCUCGGCGAGCGAAGCCACCACAAUGUCUGGCAGACGCUGGAAAGAGGCCGUUGCAAGAUCUGCGGAAGACGUGCUGUCGAUUGCGGAUCCCCUCGUUGUAUUAGGGGCCCCUGCCAACAGUUAUGCGCACUAUAUCACUACAGAAGAGGAAUACAGUGCACAACGCUACGAGGGUGGUUCUACUCUCUAUGGCCCUCAUACUCUGGCCGCGUACGUUAAUUUGACGCUCACCUAUCUGCCGUAUCUUGCCGAUGCGUCAUCCAUUUCCAGUUUACCUCCCAUUAGCCCUGGGCCAUCUCCUCCAGUCAACACAAAUGUCUCGCUCAGCUUUAUCAGGUCUGUUGUGUAUGACGGUACAGAGAUUGGGAAGUCAUUCGGUGAAGCUGUUUCGUCUCCUCCGCCUGAAAUUAUCUAUAGGCCUGGAAAUGUUGUCAAUACUACUUUUGUGGGUGCCAAUCCACGGAAUAAUCUCCAUUUGGAAUCCACAUUUGCGGCUGUGGAAAGGCUUAAUCCGGAUACAGGUAUCUGGGAAGUCGUGCGCACAGACAGCGACUGGAAUCUUAUCUACCGGUGGAAGAGAACGAAUACUAUUCUAGGUCACAGCGAAGUUACUCUGGAGUGGCAGAUAGAAGACGAUUAUUACAACGUCGGGAAUCCACGACCCCUAGAGGAUGGGUCAUACCGCAUGCGCUACUUUGGGGAUUUCAGAAACAUAUUUGGCGGGAUUGAAUCGUUUGAGGGUGUAGGAGACCGUUUUACUGUGGCGACAGGGUCACCGUGA